GAAAUGCUCACCUGCGUCAAAGACUCUCAAAUUCAAAGACUCUGACCAUCUUCUUCUUGCGCUUUCGCACACGCCUAGUCGAUAAGCCUCUGUGCUUCAACCAACGGAUGUCAAUGGACAGGACGUAGGCUGGCCUGCGACAAGCUUUCCAGCUAAAAGAGGGCCACACGGGUCUUGAGCUGGUCGCUGGGCGUGUUGGAGUGGCCCAGCCUGCGGUCGUGCGUCGGGAGGCGGGAUGGCGUCCUACACGCAAGAGGACUCUUCAACAGAGGGGAGGACUGUCUACGCGAAACCCUUCCCGAAAUCCACGACGGAAGAGUUUGUGCGGGACGUCUUUGGCGCGUUCGGCAGCAUCUUGCGUGUAAAACUCCGGCGGGAAGCGGUGACAAACAGCUUUCGGGGCUCGGUGUAUGUGGAGUAUGCAGAGCCCAGCGCGGCUGCGGCGGUGGUGGCCAACCCGCCGCAGCAGCGGCACUCGUCCUCGACCUCAUCCGCCGCCUCACCAGGGAGAUACGUAGUCAUGAUGCGGUCAGAGUACGAGCGAAAGCGCACCUCGGGCGGCAAGGCCAGCGGUGACGGCGUGGGUGGCGGGAGUGGCAGCGGCACUGCAUCGGGCAGCAAGCGGCAGCGGCGGGAGACGCCCGGGACAGGUGCAGGCGGCGGCACGUCUCAGGGCGGGGUAGGCGGCGCGAGCUCGAGCGGGCAGCGGGACCAACGGCAGCCGACCGGGACGCCGUUGCCACCGCCGCCGCCGCCUCCACCACUACCGCCGCACAUGCAGCAGCAGGCGGUGCUGUUCACGCCAGGGGCACCGGCGGCCGGGGCUGACGCGGCGGCGGUGGCGCAGUGGCGGAAGCUGGCAGAGGAGCGGGAGUCCACCAUCCGAUCUCUGGAGGAGAGCAUCCGCAAGGAGAAGGACGAAAAGGAGCGGAUGCAGCAGCGGCUGUCAGAGGCCCAGCAACGCGCCGCCGACGCGGUGGCACGGGAGGUGGCGGCCAGCAAGCAGCUGCUGGCCAAGGAGGCGGAGGUGGGCGCGCUCAAGGGGGAGAUCAGCAUGCUGCGGACACAGGGCGCAGCGCAGCUGGAGCGCGCCAACGUGGCACACAAGGCGCGUGUAACGGAGCUGGAGGUGCAAAUGCAGAAGCUCAAGGAUGCACUGCUGGAGAAGGAGCGAGGCGAGCGCGAGGCGCAGCGGCGGGAGAAGGCGGAGAAGGAGAAGGAGCGGGAGAAGGAGAAGGAGAAGGAGGGCAGCAACGGCAAGGCGGUCGGUGACGACUUGCUGGAUGACCUGUAGUGACUUGUUGGUCGGUGUUGCCGUGUGGCCUACCUAUGACAUUGAACUUUUGCUUGGACGGAACUGGGGGAAUGGGAGUCAUGUUCGAAACGGGCAUUUCAAUGGAGUAUUCAGCGCCGUGCGAGGCGCGUAGCUCCCGCUGCGAAGCGCUGUUCUUUGAAGCGAUGUUUCCGCAAGCAUGGCAAUUUGUAUGCCGGUUGAGAAGUUACUUCGGGCUGUGAGUUGGGUGCGCAUAUGACACGCGGGGACGUUAAGCGCAGCCAUUGCGCUUUUGAUGGGUGGCCGCCUCGUCCCGUCAUGUGCAACCUCCAACACGUGCUUUUGCUCGCGCAAGGAGACGCGGCACCGGGCCAUCGGCCAAAGCCACGGGCGGUCCGCGCUUGGAGCCGCAAGCCGGACUGAUUCAGCGUGCGGGCAGGGUCCUGUGAGCGGCAGGGUAGGAAGGUGUUGGUAUGUAUGCUAAAGGUGAAAUUGGAGAGAUGAGAUGCUCACAACGAGAUGCCUGAUGAGAUACACAUGGUGAGGUGCUCUCUACAGUGCACAACUGGCGUGAUACCGCUGGUAGCGGUCGGCUAGCAGACUUGCUCUGUUGGGCUGUGUGGGUCCCACACGCGGCAGGGAAGUAGGGCAGGAGGGCAUCCCAGUGUGGCCAGCCAUGGCCCGUGGGGUGCAACCCAGCCAGCCCUGCUGUAAAACGGCACGACC